AUGUGUGGUUAUCUGUGCCGCAGAACAGCUAAGAAAUAUGCCUCAUCCGUCAGUGCAAAAGGCCAAAAUAUUUUGCAGCCUAACACGAGGUCGAGAGCCAUACUUCUUCAGCCUUACCAUAUGAUCGCUCCGCUCCUCCUGCUCCUCGUCGCUGCCGAUAGCUGCCUCGUGGCCACCGGCGGCGGUGGCACCGAUGACGGUCGGCGGUUCGUCUACAACGGCUUCACAGGCGCGAACCUGUCGAUCGACGGUUCAAGCUCGAUCAUGCCGAAUGGCCUCCUCAUGGUGGCCAAUGCCACCGGAGAUACAUUCAAAGGCCAUGCCGGCCAUGCCUUCCACCCGUUCCCGCUGCCGUUCCACACCGCAUCGAACGCCACCGGCUCCGUGCGGUCCUUAUCGACAAUCUUCGCGUUCGCGAUCUUCCGUCAAGACGACGAACGGAGCGGCCGCCAUAUGGCCUUCGUGGUCUCUGCAUCCAAGGAGGUGCUCUCUACGUCGCCUUUUUCGCCAGACCAGUUCAUGUUGUCCGUGGAUCUAGGCACGCGCAACGACGACCAGAGCCUAACCUACGUCGAUAGCAUGCUGUGGCCGCUCCAUUACGGCAACGCCGGGUUGCCGCUCCAUUACGCCAACGCCGGGUACUACGACGAUGUCACCGGGUUAUUCCAAAACCUCACCCUGAUCAACGGGGAGGCCAUGCAAGUGUGGGUGGACUACGACGGCAGGGCCACGGUGAUCACCGUGACCAUAGCACCACUGGGCUUGGCCAAGCCCAAGAAGCCCCUGCUGCACACCAUCAUCGACCUCUCUGGUGUGGCGCAGAGCACGGCAUACGUCGGGUUCUCCUCUGGGGGCAUGCCUCGCACAAAAUAUUUUGUCCUCGGCUGGAGCUUCGCGUUGGAUGGGCCGGCCCCUGUACUAGACAUCUCCGUGCUGCCAGCCUUGCCAGCAGCCUGGAGCAACUCAGGGUCUAUGUCCAUCUCAAUGAAGAUCGUUCUGGCCUUAACAUCGGUGGCGCUGAUUUCAGUAGGCAUCGGAACCUACAUCUUUGUAAGACAGCGUCUCAAGUACUCCGAGGUGCACGAGGAUUGGGAGGUCCCAUUUGACCCGAACCGAUUCUCUUACAAGGACUUGUUUCAUGCGACGGAGGGGUUCAGUGACAAGAACCUCCUUGGGAGGGGAGGUUUCGGAAGUGUCUAUAAAGGAGUGCUUCGCAAGCCUGAUAUGGAGGUUGCCGUGAAGAGAAUGUCACACGAUUCAAGGCAAGGGGUAAAGGAGUUCAUUGCUGAGGUGGUGAGCAUUGGUCGUCUUCGACACCGAAAUCUUACACAAUUGUUGGGUUACUGCAGGUGUAAGGGUGAGCUUCUCCUGGUUUAUGAGUACAUGGCAAAUGGUAGCCUUGACAAGUACCUACACAAUAGGAAUGGCCUAGUUUUGGAUUGGCCUCAGAGGUAUGGGAUCAUCAAAGGUGUGGCCUCAAGCUUGUUCUAUCUUCAUGAGAAAUGGGAGCAUGUCGUCAUCCACCGAGACAUAAAGCCAAGCAAUGUGCUCUUGGAUAGUCAGAUGAAUGGGCGGUUAGGGGAUUUUGGUCUUGCAAGGAUAUACAACCACGAAACCGCCGCUCCAGCCACCCACGUGGCUGGUACCAUUGGAUAUCUGGCACCAGAACUUGCGCGCACAGGGAAGCCAACGCCCUUCACCGACGUAUAUGCAUUUGGCAUGUUUCUCCUAGAGGUCACAUGUGGUCGUAAGCCAAUCUUCACCGGCGAGCAAAAUAAUAGGUUAUUGUUGGUAGAGUGGGUGCUUGAGCACCAUCGGGAUGGCUCAAUCCUCGACACGGUAGAUCCACGACUCCAAGGGGAAUUCAGCAUGGAGGAGGUAACCAUCGUGCUAAAACUUGGUUUGAUAUGCACAUACCCGUUGCCCAAUGUGCGGCCUAUCAUGCGAAAGGUCAUGCAAUACCUCGUCCACAAUCAAUCGCCCCCUGAUUUAUCACCAGCAUACAUAAGCUACAUGUCCCUAAUGCAAAGCGAAGGGUUUAAUUCAGACAACAUGAACACAACAUGUUCUGAGGCCGCAGCGAGUGUUGCCACUGUAUCUUCAGCAACAAUUUUGCGGCACGGAAGAUGAAGCGUGCAUGUAAUUGAUUUCUCUCUCUAUC